GAAGGGAUAUCAGACAGUCCGCGUAGUGUUUUUGGAAGACUCGUGGUGUAGACAUGUCAAAGUAUGUGUUCCGCGAGGUAUCGCUUCUUUUAAACGGUGGGUGGAAGAUUUGGCCACAAAUAAAGAAUGAAUCGUCCGACAGUUGGAAGUCAUGGAAAGGACCUAAAUUUACAAGUCACUUCAGGAAUGCGGAUCAGUGGAUGGAGAGCAGAAGGACGGACGAGGGCGCCGAAUCUCUUUGGAGGAUCCAUGACAAACUCUACGAUCUGAGCAGUUGGGUUAACAACCACCCAGGUGGUUCCGACUGGAUAAAAAUGACACAGGGUACCGACAUAACCGAGGCCUUCGAAGCACAUCACAUUUCAAACAAGGCGCCACAAAUUCUGCCCAAGUUCUAUGUUAGGGACGCCAAAACGCCGAGGAACGCUCCUUUUACUUUUAAUCCCGAUGGCUUUUACAAUAAGCUCAAAGCCAAAGUUAGAGUGGAAAUUGCAAAAUUACCACCAGGACCGACAACUCAAUCUCUCAGGAUGGUUGAUGGACUGGCGUUAGCUGCGGUUCUUCUUUCUGUGUUAGCCGCUACGAUGGAAAGCCUGCUUGUCGCUACUUUAGCAGGGCUGGCCAUAACGACGUGUACUGUCUGCGCGCACAAUUUCUUCCAUCAGAAAGAUUCUUGGAGGAUGUACCUUUUCUCCUUAUCAGGGCUAUCAGUAAGAGAGUGGCGCAUCUCCCAUGCUCUGUCCCACCAUCUAUUCACCAACACCAAGUACGAUUUGGAGGUCAUGCUGUUCGAGCCUAUACUUAUGUGGCUACCGGAUCCGAACAAGACUUUCAUAGCUAGAUUCGUCUCCUGGCUCUACUCGCCGAUCGUGUACCUAUUUAUAUUCCAUGUCCAGAUGGUUUCUAGGUAAAUUAAAUUACAAAUU